UAUAUAUAGCCAAACAAGGGAGCACAAAAACCAAAACUCCAAAUAAUUAUAGUAUGAGAAUUUAGACCCUUCUCUCAGAACAGAAGAAGAAGAAGAGAGAUUUCAGAGACACAGAUAGAGAGAGAUUGGAGAUCUUGUCAGAUCGGGAAAUAGAAACACUGACAUGGGGAGGGAAAUUACUGGUGUGAAUCAAGAGAAGAAAAUCAAUGGUGUUGUAGUGGGUAACAAUAGAAUUUCCACUGCUAAAAUCCAUGUCUCUCCCAAAAUUUCAGAGAGAAUCAGCAGGAUCCAGUCCAAGGAACACAAGGUGAAGGACUCUAAUGAAGAGAAAGCAGCUGAUGGGGAAGAUCUUGAGAAGCAAGAUAUGCAGGCUGUUCAGAGCACGAUUCUUGAUGAUGACAUGACCAAGGAGAAUAAUGAGAAACCUGGAACUCAGAAGUCAAGUGAGAGUUUAAAUUCCAGCUCAACAGAUUCAAAUUCUGCUGCAUUUGCAAAUGGCCAUUCAAAUCAGACUGUUCCUCAUCCCAAUGUUCAGGUGAUUGAAAGUGCUGGUAUAUGUGAAGAAACUGCUAAGGCUGAACUUGCCUCUUCAGAAAACUCCAGCACCGCAGUUUCUCCCGAUGCAAAUAAGGCUUCACAGACUCCCAAUGUAGGUUCACCUACUAAGAGUUCAGAGCCAAAUUCACCUCAGUCAUCACGAAAUGGCCUACAACCUGAAACUAAGAAGCAUGCUGUGGACGAAGAUGAUUGGUCCCUUACUUCCUCCACUGCUGCAUCUAUGAGAACAAAUAAAUUCAAGGUUACAGUUGGACAAGCUCCUUCUUUCAAAUGCAGUGAACGCGCACAAAAAAGAAACGAGUACUACUCGAAGUUAAAGGAAAAGCAGCAAGCUCUGGAGGCAGAGAAACUGCAGUACGAAGCGAGGACCAAGGAAGAGCAAGAAGCGGCUAUCAAGCAGCUGAGGAAGUCCUUGGUGAUCAAAGCAAAGCCAGUCCCUAAUUUCUAUUAUGAGCCACCUCCUCCUAAGGCUGCACUCAAGAAGCUUCCACUUACGCAGCCCAAGUCACCAAAAUUGAAUAGUCUAGGCAGGAGAAGGAGCUUUGGUGAUGCUCUCAACUCAUCUCAUGACGAAAAGGGAAGAGUUUGCCCUAGAGCACAUCGUCAUAGUGUUGGUGGCCACAAAGAGUGUAUCACUCCUCCGAGAAGUAAGGUGCAAAACAGUAGACGUAAUAGUAUUGGCAAUGGUAGCAAAGUCAAAGACCAAGCAAAACAGGUAGAAGAAACAAUGGAAGCAGCUCCUAAGUUCACCCAGAAAAGAAAUGUAGACAUCAGUUUGAAUCAUGAACUCGAAAGCUUUUUCUAAUAUCAACUUUUUUCUUUCAUUUUUCGUGGUUUACAUUUGGAUGUACUAAAAAUAGCUUGCUUUCUUUCCUCCACAAUGACUUGUUUACGUGGUUUGUGUGAUUGGGAACUCUCUGUAUAUGUUUUGUAAGUUGGUGCUGGUACAUAUCUUGUGCGUUAUAUAUGAAAUGAGUAAUCCAUUCUGACAUGGACUCAAUUUGCU